AUCGGCGAUCAGUCGUUGCCGCGCGCUCACGCCGUGCACGUUGUGGCUCUGUCGUUACGGUCUCCCCCGCUCUCUCUCGUUCACGUACCUUAUCUCGACACCGAAGAAAAAUCACGAAAACGCACACCGUCGGAACCGUUCGUGACAACCUCUCUCUCUGUAUAUCUCCGCCGUUUUCACGAUGACGUCAGUGAUGGUCGAAGAGUGUACCCCGCGCGUGUGAUCCAAGGAUUUCUCGGGGGAUAACAAUAAUAAUCGACGGGUGGACAUUGUCAAUUCACAAGUUUUCGCGUAAGAUGCCAAGGUGAUCCCCUGGCUCGUUCGUCACCGACUACAACCGUUGUCCCGUAAUCGUCUCGAUCGACAGCCCCAAGUGAUUGAACGCAUCCUGGCGCGUUGUUCCCGCCGUACAGUGGAAUUAUUCACGAUCGUGCCGCGAUCAUGCACCACACUGCGCCCUGGUAUCUACCCUGGGGCCUGAAGCUGGUGCCGCUGCCGAUACCGCCUGGACAUCCCGCAUCCGGCAUCCCGAAUCCCGGUCUGCACCUGCUGGCACCGUUGCCAGGGAUCUACGCCCCCGAACCGCGAAAGGUUGAUCUGAAACCUCUGCGGGAGGCGACGAUCGCCGUCCCGACGCCGAAGAUCUCCGAGAAGCGGAAGGCAGAGGAAGCCGAUGCCAGCAAGGAUUUGAAGAAGGCGAAAUUGGAAACGAAAGCCCUGAAAGCGAAGAGGCCGGGAUUCACGGACGAACGGUACAACGAGACCAGCUAUUACGUGGAGAACGGACUCCGGAAAGUGUACCCUUAUUACUUCACCUUCACCACAUUCACGAAAGGGAGAUGGGUCGGGGAGAAGAUUCUCGAGGUGUUCGCGCGGGAAUUCCGCGCCCAUCCGGCGGAAGAGUACGAACGAUGCAUCCGGGCCGGGACCCUGACGGUGAACUAUCAAAAGGUGGACGUCGAUUACAGAUUACGGCACAAUGAUCUGCUGGCCAACGUCGUUCACAGACACGAGGUGCCUGUCACCUCGGAGCCGAUCACGGUGAUACACAUGGACGAGGACGUCGUCGUGGUCAACAAGCCCGCCUCCAUCCCUGUGCACCCUUGCGGACGAUAUCGACACAACACCGUUGUAUUCAUCCUGGCGAAGGAGUACAACCUGAAGAACCUCAGGACUAUCCACAGGCUGGACAGACUGACCAGCGGCAUUCUCCUUUUCGGUAGGACGCCGAAGAAGGCGAGGCAGAUGGAACACCAAAUAAGAAACCGACAGGUGCACAAGCAAUACGUGUGUCGAGUGGAGGGCGAGUUCCCCGAGGAGGAGGUGGUGUGCUCGGAGCCGAUCGAGGUGGUGUCGUACAAGAUCGGCGUGUGCAAGGUAUCCGAGAAGGGUAAGGACUGCGUGACCCGUUUCAAGCGUCUGAGCUACAAUGGCAAGUCGUCGGUGGUGCUGUGCAAGCCCCAGACCGGCCGAAUGCACCAGAUCCGCGUGCACCUUCAGUACCUGGGCUACCCGGUGGUGAACGACCCGUUGUACAACCACGUGGUGUUCGGUCCGCAGAAGGGCAAAGGCGGGAACAUUGGUAAGACCGACGAGGAGCUGGUCAAAGACCUGAUCAGCAUCCACAACGCCGAGAACUGGCUGGGUAUGGACGGGGACUCGGAGAUGAGCUUGUUCAAGCCGAAGCUUGACAUGGAGGAUCGCGUGAUGGGCAACGACAAGGACGGCUCGUCGCCGUCCUCGACGCCCGGGCUCGGCGAGGAGGAGCAACAACAACAACAGGAGACGUCGCUGAAGGUGACGGUGGGCACCCAGACCGGUUCCGAGCCGCCGGAUUCCAGCUUCGCAAACGACAAGAUGACGGUCGACCCGCACUGCUACGAGUGCAAAGUGAAGUACAGGGACCCGAAGCCCUCCGAUCUGGUGAUGUAUCUGCACGCGUGGCGCUACUGCGGCCCCGGUUGGGAGUACGAGACACCGCUACCGGCGUGGGCGGCCAGCGACUGGGGCGAGGAGGACCGAUAGUUCCGGUCCAGGAGCCCACCAUCGAGCGAACGAGCUGUUGUCACCCUUCGUACCCCUUUUUGAUAUCCUUACCCCGUGCCUUCCAUCCGCCAGCGAGCGAUCUCGACCAUCGUACAUGUACCCACCCCUGUGGCCAGGUCGCUGGACUCGCGAUGAGACCUCGACGCUGGUCCUCGACGAGUGUCGCGCCAGGUGUCUGCGCCGAUUCGAGGCUCCAACGCGCCAGCCGAGACCGACUCGGUGGAACCCAGGUUGUACGACUGGCGAAACGAACACACCGAUCAGCUCGAGUGUCAGUUUAGCGAUUCGUUCGGAUACCGAUCGUCUAUUGGCCGCAUAGGAAUAAAAGAAACAGCACGCGCCUUUUGUUCUCGACUGUACGACGCUUUUUAAUGUCUUGUAAUAUAGUCUGUGUAGCCUUUAGGCAGGAAUUCGAUUAACAAAAUCCAAUGUCUGCUCCGAAAUACGGACAGCAGACCGCAUUUCACUGGCGGCGGGCCGCUCUAUUGUCUACAACGCGUUGGAAACGCCAUUGUUCCAAAGUAGCAUCUCUGGCUUGCCAAUAAACAAAGGAACGGGGGAGCCCCAUAUGGACAACCUGUAUAACGAAACCUCCAAGUUCUAGUGACCCUCCAGGUCUAUCCUGAACCGUGGACACCUCGAGGUCAAGGGUCACCUGUCUGAAUACUAAGAUCGCUGUAUUCGUUUCGCCGGGUACACCUCGAACUGUUCCCUCGACAUGUCUGUCGUGCCAAGGUUCGAGCGACAGCUUCACCUCGUGAGGCAUCGAGCUUGAAAACGAACGCUUCGGCGACAGCUUUGGCCCGGGUGCACGCGUUAUCGAUCGGAAGAUCGAACUAUGGAACGAUUUCGACUGGUUCUAUAAACGGGUCGGUCGAGAAGUCACUGCCACCGGAGCGCACGAGAGAAGAUUGAUGCAACUGUCAGCCGCGGUAGCCCAGAUGGAUCGUAUCGUUCGUAUUCUUGAUUUAUGACGUGAACGAGAAAAGAUUACGUUCCUUUCUAUUUCUAACGAGGACGAAAUAGGUCCAGGUCAUUUUCAUGAAUUCUCCAUCUUGGACACUUCCAUGCCCCUGCCGAUUCCUGUAACAGUCAAUCAACAGAAUCAAUACGAAUCACUUCUCCGUAGCUAUAGAAGUCAAUUAUCCAAAGAUCUGUACACGCCAUCUAUUUGGACAAACACCAAAGUAAACCUAUUACGUCCCACUUAGGUCCUUAAGACUAGAUUUACGAAACUCGUCAAAUUUAGAUUCCACGAACUCUUAAAUAUUAUUCGUUAACGAUUUAUGUUGAAUUUAACACUCAAAACAAUACUCUGCAAGAAAUCUUGAUUUUAGACUAUUGUAAACUACAUAACCUAACAUUUGUUUCGGUACUUCUACCUGUAAUCUUGCUAGAAUUCAUAAAUCUUAUCCAGACAUAUUUUCUAGUUCCAUAAAAUCCCGCCACCCGUUUCAAUAAAAGUGUGUGCAAUUAACGACCGUAAAUCUAGCUUUUUGGGGGGGGGCCGUCAACUUCACGAUCUCGUCGAUUCGACCUAUUUACCGUUCGCCCAACCGAACGUCGUGAACCAAAACCCGAACCAGCGACCGUUCCGACAUCUAUCGAAGCUCGUACCUACAAGAUCCUACCGCGUGUCCUUUCGCGAACCGAACAGCGGGAAUGAUUAACGAAAACGAAGGUGUAAAUCGUCGUCGACUGGCGUUCAGUGAUCAUCCUCGAGAGCCGCGCAGGCAAAGGGGGCUGACGUAGGAAACUGCAAUAGAAUCGCGUCUAUUUUUAUGGCUGAUUAUAUAUAUAUAUACAUACACAUUACACAUAUACAGGAAACUAAAUAGUGGCGCAGGUCCAGCGGCAGAGGUCUCCGACGAUAAGCGUGAUCUUGCCAGAGGAUAGCCAAUGGCCAUGCCAAAGAGCGAGCGCGUCCGGCGAGAAAGAGAGUAUGAGAGAGAGAGAGAGAGAAAGAGAGAACGAGAGAGAGAUAGAGAGAAAGAGCGAGAGAGAGCUUCAUUUCAAUCAUAUCGUGUACGUGUACCUUGUUCCAACGCGUCCGGACGGCCGCGCCGUAGCGGCAGGGACUCGCAACAAGUACAAUCGAACCGAGUGAAAUAACGAAGAUUAACGUCGUACAUUAUUUUGCUACGAGUCACGUUCGUCUCCUCUAGCGGGGGGCUAUACAUAAGGUUUUAUCGUGUACCGGUUUGACAGUGACCGGCAACGGGAAACUGGGGAUCUACAGUCUAACCCGAAGAAAGAAUCUACAACGUCCAAAAAUUCUUCUUUGACCCUGAUUAAACGAUAUUUGUUCGACCGUUAGAUUAAGAAUACAGAACGUACCGUGAGGGAACGAUUUGAAAUAAAAAUUUUGAACGCUCGGCGUGACAGGAGCAAUAGGGUAUCUUCUUCGACUGCGCUAUAGAUCCUGCGGUGUCGCGACUAGCGCCACACGGUGGGUAAAAUAUGUGGCUCGAACCGAUCGUCUCUGUUCGUGUAUCGCAAUAACCAACCGAAUCAACAAUUUUGUUAGAACUUUGUAACUAUUUUGUCGAAUGCGAUCGACACUCUUGCUGUAUAGGAACAAGCGGAUGCGAGAUUACGUAAAGGGAACAAAAAUCUCCUUUUGUACGAAUACUUUGUAAUAAUCGCGAAACCCGAAUGAAAAAAAAAAUAAAGAAUGAAGACCCCUGUCGACGAGGGGAUAUUCGAGGUUACUCGUACGCGUUUCCCGUUGCCCUUCGCGAUAGUUGAGAGCAAGACGCAAACAGAGAGAGAGAGAGAGAGAGAGGUGGACAGAGAUUUUUAGGUAUAUAGAGGUAGAAGGGAGAUAAUGUAACAACGGACCUAUCAUAAAAGACAGUGUGUGCGCUUACUAACUCACCGGGAUACCUUGUCGGGAGCGCAAGUUAUUCCGAAUGUAAUGGCUAGCUUAAUUUUAUUUAAGUAAACUAACUUGAUAUUGA